AUGAUGUCUGCAAAAGGCCCCCACAAUACUCCCAAGGCUAGCCUCCUCAUUCUCCUCUGCUGCUCCCUUUUCAUCAACGCGGCAGACGGAACAACAGCUACCCUCACCGAAUCCACAGCCUACGCAUCACAACGACCCUGCGCAAAGAGCUGCUUCUACUGGGGCUCCUCCACGCAAGGCGGCGCCGAUUUCCUCGCAGAACGUAUCGGCUGCGAAGUCGAUCCCAUCCUGAAUGAAUGUAUCUGUCGCUCGGAUCUGCAGCAGACCGCCGACUCGUUCCUCCGGAAAUGCGUGAGUGACAACUGCGGCGCGAAUGCCAUCGACGUUUCCAGUGCGGUCGGGAUAUACGACGAUUAUUGUACGAGUAAUGGGUACACGAGGGCGACGUCUACCGCGCAGACGACCAGGACGACUUCAUCAGACGGUGCUGGCGUCUGGGGGUCGACGUCUGCGGCCAGCAGUCCUUGGACUACUGUGAAGACGAGAUUGACCGUUGUGGAUGCUAUAGUCUCGACAUCUCAGGCAAGUACCGCGACGUCCACAAGUGAGAAGGGAUCGGAUCGGACGACCGAGUCUACGAAGCAGUCGGUGCCAUCGGUAACCCAAACGUCGACGUCAACAAUACCGACUACUUCCUCGGGUACUGGAGAAGAAGACAAGACUGGUCAAGGCAGUGGAAGCCAACUAAAGGUGGGAGAGAUUGUCGGUAUUGUCGUUGGUAUUCUCGGCUUCAUCGCAACGGCUGCGGGGUCGUGGUUUUCAUACAAGACUCUCAAGCAAAGGAAACGUCUCGCGAAUCCUCCCUGA